GAAGAGGACAUGCCUCCCUUCAUACCUUACAGGAACAAAUAUAAACGCACACUUUUACUGUUUCUUUGUAGGCUGAAUUAGCAUGCACUGAUGUGGGACUGUACACGCUUUUUAUUUCAGAUUAGUGCCUACGGCUAUAUAUGACAUUGGAACAGAUCUAAAAAUCCCCAGCACUGCAAAGCAGAAGUCUUGAAAGGCAAAUCACAUCUCUCGUUUGCGCGCGGUUACUCGUUCUGUUACGUGUGUGUGAGAGGCAGAGUGAACAAGUCAAGGACAGAGAGAGAAAGUGUAGUGGGGAAAACAUCAGACAAGACAUCAACAGUUACAGGUGCUGCCAAGCUUCACCUAGGACCCUGCGAUGCCACGCUCAUUCCUGGUCAAAAGCAAAAGGGUGUGGUCUCGCACCCGACGCCUCACACACUGCCGCUCGCAGCCCAAGGAUGGGCCAUUCUGCUCGCUCCAGGAAGUAAAAAUGCCUCAGAGAAGCCCCUCCCCGGAUGUGGCCAGACAGUUCCAGUCUGCCCCAGCAGAUCACCGCAAUGCCCCAGCGCAUGUUCCCAUGACAACUGGCCUUGAUCCUGGUGCAAAAGCUAAUUCAAGCUGGACCACAUUGCCCAUGGCACCCAGAUGUCCUCCUAACGGGCCAGCCCAUCCUGAGCUGCCCUGGUCCUCCUUUGGGCCUGCUGGGUUAGAGAGGGAGAUGGAGUUGGAGAGGCUGGUUCACGCUCUGCUUACCUACAGGCAACACAUUAAUCUCAAGGUCCCCCUCUGUGAGUGCCCCCUCUGUGAGAAGGUACUCUCCUCUGCAGUAGGCCUAGUAACGCACCUGCGUAGGUCACAUGUCAGCAGAAUCCCCCUCCCAUUGGCUGGCUCAGCCAACUGUUCUGACCAGUCUUAUGACUUUCAGCGGACCACAGGAGUCUAUGGCAGGACCAAGGAGCGUAGUUUUGGCUGUAAGGUGUGUGGGAAGGUGUUCAAGCGCUCCUCCACCCUCUCCACUCAUCUGCUCAUCCACUCGGACACGCGACCCUACCCCUGCCAGUACUGCGGCAAGCGCUUCCACCAGAAGUCCGACAUGAAGAAGCACACUUUCAUACACACAGGGGAGAAACCUCACGUGUGCGUGGUGUGUGGGAAGGCCUUCAGUCAGAGUUCCAACCUCAUCACCCACAGCCGCAAGCACAACGGAUACCGGCCCUUCGCCUGUCACCGUUGCUCCCGAUCGUUCCAGCGUAAAGUGGAGUUACAGCGCCACCUGGAGCAGAACUGUGGCAACAGCAGCAGCGGCAGUACGGCUACCUCUAACAACUAUCCUCCGAAUUGAACUCUGUUGUGUGCGCACAUCGCACAAGCACAUGCAAACAUUCAAAUAUAAUUGUAUAUUGUAAAACAAACCCAUCGCAGCCAUACCGAAAACAUUUUCUUCUGUAUCUGUAUGAUUCCUCCUGUGUGUGCCAUUUGCUUGAAAACACCCUCUUCUCUAGUAUGGGUACUUCAUAAAGAAAAAACCCUCUUCUCUAA